CACCCCCCGGUUCUCAUGUUGAGUUGGCAGUUGGCUGCUUAAGUGAAACUUCGUGGAUUCACAGUGAUUAUAGAUCUGAAGGAUGUGAACAGAAGUUGUAGCAGGAAGUCGAAAUGCCUUUCAGGAAAGCUCAUAUCCUCAUAAUUCUGCUUGUUGCAGUUGUGCUUUUGAUAGUUAUGCACCAUAAUCUAUUUAAUGCUCAUGACCUUUUGAGGAAGGAGAAUUCAGAAUCAAAAUACAGUGGAGUGUGGAGAAUUGCAGAAGUGAGAACAGGUGAAGAGAUUCCAAUUCUAAUCCCAGCUGUGGAGGAGCGACUUGGAGGUGUAAUAGCAGCCAUAAACAGUAUAUAUAGUAACACCAGGUCAAAUGUGAUCUUUUAUGUAGUUACCACAAAUGAUACCAUUGAUCAUUUAAGAGCUUGGCUUCAGAAACAAGAACUGAUGAGUAUAAAGUAUAAAAUUCUGACAUUUGAUCCUCGUGUUCUAAAAGGCAAAGUACAAGAUGAGGGUGAUUCAACUGAAAUAAAGCCAUUGACUUUUGCCAGGUUUUAUCUACCCACAUUGAUUUCUGGCUCAGAGAAAGCCAUUUACCUGGAUGAUGAUGUGAUUGUGCAAGGAGAUAUCCAUGAGCUUUAUGACACAGAACUGAAGGCAGGUCAUGCUGCAGCAUUUUCUGAAGAUUGUGAUUCUGUAUCUUCAAAGGUGUUGGUUAGAGGCGCUGGAAGUCAGAACACAUAUUUGGGAUUCCUUGAUUAUAAAAAAGAAACCAUUAGGAAACUCGGUAUGAAGGCAAGCACGUGCUCCUUUAACCCCGGUGUUUUUGUAGCUAAUCUCACAGAGUGGAGGCUACAGAACAUUACAGAGCAGCUUGAAAGGUGGAUGGAAAUCAAUGUAGCGGAGAACUUGUAUGGUGGUGCUCUGGCUGGGAGCGUUACAACACCACCCAUGCUUUUGGUAUUCUACAAACAAUACUCUUCCAUUGAUCCAUUGUGGCACGUGAGGCAUCUUGGGUCUAAUGCUGGUACGAGAUAUUCAUCGCAUUUCAUUAAAGCUGCCAAGUUGCUUCAUUGGAAUGGACGUUUCAAACCUUGGGGGCGUACCUCUUCAUACAGUGAUAUUUGGGACAAAUGGUAUAUUCCAGACCCCACUGGAAAAUUCCACCCAGUACGUAGACAUGCAGAGGAUGAGGAAGUUCAUUAGCAGAUAAUGAUAAAUGUGACUUCUAAAUCGUUAACAUAGUUUGUACAAACUACCACCACUCAGGAACGUGAUUCAGUUCAUUGUAAGUGUACAUUGAUUGUUUCAUUUUUUUAGGCUGUCUUUUUUAUGUAUGCACAGCAAACAAGACUAUAGAUUUUUCUUGCUGUGGAGAAAUUGGAUAACUUUAUCAUUCCUGAUUCUAGUAAAAUAAGGUGUUCAAAUCCUGUGUAAGCCUGGAUGAAAUAAGGACUUCAAGUUAAAUGUUUUAACCCAGGUAAGACCACAUGUACUAUUAAAUAUUUUAGUAUUGAUCAUAAAACUAAUCUUCAUUGUCUCAACUGAAUUACUUGGUUAAAAAAAUUAUCCAAAUAUCUUGAAUGUUAUUGUCAAAAUGACAUUUUUCUCCUCAUUGGAAAAGAGAAGUUGGGUGAGAAGCUAUUAACGACAAUCAUUUCAAAUCCAGUUUUUGGUACAGAUUUUACAUUGUUUUAGAAAUUUGCAUUCUUGCAGUUGUGUGUUUCCAAAAUUACUGCAACAGCCGUGAAACAUUUCUGGUUAUAGUGUAAAUGAAAACUUGUAUUAAUACCCUAUGUCAUUAAGUAUUUGAUCGCAUUAAAGUUUGCACAUUAAGACACUUAAACAGAAACAAA